AUGAAAGCAAUAUCUGAAGGGAUACAAACUGGAAGAAGAUGGUCAGCAUCGAAUGCAGUUGAGCAGGCAGAGAGUCGACUGAGACAUCAAGACAUAGUGGGAACAAGUUGUCAAGGUAGACAGGGACUCGGCUUGAACACUAGACAACCGUGGAGUUCAGCCACAACAGUCCAAAGAAGAGAACUUGUUCAGAGCGAAAUCCGAAAGGAAGAAGAAGAGAUAAGAAAGGUGAAAGCAGUCCAGAUGGGGAGCCAGGGAAGCUGGACAAAGUGGCAGACAACAGGGAGGAAACUGUCAUGGACAAAUAUCUGGAAGUACCAGUUUUUUCAACUGCAGUUCCUGAUCCGGGCAGUUUAUGAUGUCUUGCCAACACCGGCGAAUCUCCAGAGAUGGGGGCUGAUAGAAACAGCAGAAUGCACCCUAUGUGGAGGAAGAGCUACCCUGGAUCACAUCUUGUCCUCGUGUAAGGAAGCACUUGCCCAGGGGAGAUACCGCUGGAGACAUGACCAGGUACUCCGAGAGGUAGCAGAUACACUUGAGAGAAACAAGAAGAAGGCACGAGUACAUGCAGGGGCAAAGCACAGCAACUUUGUACCAGCAGGGACAGUAAUGAAGGGUACAAAGGGAGGACAUCCGAGUAUCCUAGACGGCACAAAUGACUGGGAACUACGGGCAGAUCUUAUGAAACAGCUGCAGUUUCCAGACAUUGUCCACACUACCCUACGCCCAGACAUUGUAAUGGUCUCCGGAAAGACAAAGAAGAUCAUCCUGGUAGAGCUGACUGUCCCGUGGGAAGAAAGAUGUACUCAGGCACAUGAGAGAAAGAAGGCCAAGUACGAAGAUCUCGUCCAGGAAUGUAGAGAGGCCGGGUGGAGAGCAUGGAACUACCUGAUUGAAGUGGGAUGCAGAGGGUUUCCUGCACCAUCGCUGGGAAAGAUGUUCCAGGAUAUGGGAAUAGAGGGACAGGCGAGAAAGCUGGCCAUUAAGAAGGUAUCACAGGCAGCAGAAAGAAGCUCCAGCUGGCUGUGGCUAAGGAGGAACGCCAGUAGCUGGAAGCCAUCCACUAAUGGAGACAGUGGACAUCCAGGAGAGACUGGAAUUGGGCAUCAAGGGCCGGCACCCCAAGAUGAUGACUCCGUAAGGAGUAACCCACAGAACAGCUACAACAAGACAUACAAAAAGAUACCCCCAGGGUCUUCCGAGAGGGGGGUGGAAGAGAGAUCCAAUAGGACGGACACAACGGAAUCGACACGGCUAGUUCAACGGACAUUGACAGGUGAGGCCUAUACAGAGACAGCUCAGUGUGUUUGCGGGAAAAUCUGUAAGAAUGCCAGGGGUCUCAAGAUACACCGGUCUAGGAAGGGUUGUCAGCCUGAUCCGGAGCAGAGACAGUGCACAGACUUGUCUGGUGAGACACAGGAGGACCACAGCCAGGAAGGACACCACAGUGCUGAGGAUCUCCACGAAUCUGAGGUGGAACAGGUGGAUAAGCCUACAAGACCAGAACAUGAUCUUGGUAGCCAGGGCAGUCGUACAGAUGACAGACUAGAGCGCAUCAAAUGGCCAGCUAUGAACGAGAAACAGUGGAAGGAGUUUGAUGAGGAUGUAGAUGGCAUCGUGGAACAGGUGUUACUUGGAACAGUAGAAAGGAAACUGCGGAGUAUGUGUAGACUGAUAUAUGCAGUCGGGAAGGAAAGAUUUGGGGUGACACCAUCGGAAAGGAAGCAGACUACAGUCGCCAAAAACAGACGGCAGAUAGAAAUAGAGAAGUUGAGGAAGGACCUUCGCAACUUGGGGAACCAGUACAGACAGGCAUCAGAGCUAGAGAAAAUUGGUCUACAGGAACUACGAGACCACACCAGACGCAGACUUCAAGACCUGAGGAAAGCGGAAAGGAUACGAAAAGCCAGAAGGGAGAAGGCCAGACAAAGAUCACGAUUUCUUUCCAAUCCCUAUGGUUUUAGCAAGGAAAUCCUUGAAGAGAAGAAAGCGGGACAGCUGAAUUGUUCUAAAGAGGAGGCUGAAGAGCAUCUGAAGAACACGCACUCUGAUCAGGCGAGACAUAUGCGGAUGGAGGGACAUGAACGCAUAGCCCCAGUACCCAUGCCCAUUGUUGCAUUUACUGAGGGAGAACCAACCCUCAAGGAGGUCCAAGAUAUAAUCAAGAAGGCUAGAUCCAAGUCAGCACCAGGCCCAAAUGGAAUACCUUACAAGGUGUACAAGUCAUGCCCAAAACUGCUGAGACGGUUGUGGAAAUUAUUUAAGGUGGUCUGGCGUAAAGGAGAUGUACCUGUGGAGUGGCAGCGAGCAGAAGGCAUCUUCGUCCCAAAGGAGGAGGUUUCCAAGGAUAUUGGACAGUUCCGGACAAUAUCAUUGUUGAAUGUGGAGGGCAAGAUCUUCAUGUCAGUGGUUGCCAGGCGUCUUACAACAUUCAUGACCAGUAAUGGGUACAUUGACACAUCAGCACAGAAGGGAGGUGUUCCAGGAUUCUCUGGCUGCAUUGAACACACAUGCGCUAUUAGCCAGUUAAUCAGGGAAGCUAAGAUCAACAAGACAGAUCUCACAGUUGUAUGGCUGGAUCUAGCAAAUGCGUAUGGCACGGUACCCCACCAGGUAAUAGAGUUUGCUCUGAAACACCACCAUGUACCAGAACAUAUUCAGAGCAUUGUCAGAAGCUACUACAGAAACAUCAACAUGCGCUUCACAACAAAGAACUUUACAACAUCCUGGAUACAGCUUCAGAAGGGGAUUGUAACCGGCUGCACAGUGUCAGUAGUACUGUUCAUCGCCGCUAUGAAUCUCAUCAUCAAAGCCGGAGACAGGGAGUCAAGGGGACCGAAGACCCAGACAGAUAUCAGACUUCCACCACAGAGGGGAUUUAUGGAUGAUCUGACUAUCACAACAGAGUCCCACAUACAAGCUCGAUGGAUCCUAUCAGCCCUUGAAGAUGUUGUGUCAUGGGCUAGAAUGGCCUUCAAACCAAGGAAGUCAAGAUUUCUUAUCUUGAGAAGAGGUAAAGUCUGGCAGAAGACAACACUCAGGGUACAGGGCGAGGAUAUCCCAUCACUUAUUGACAACCCCGUCAAGUGCUUGGGUAAAUGGUUUGACACCACACUGGGUGAUAGCAGAAAUAACACAGAGCGCAUCAGGCAGCAACUGAGGAAUGGGCUUGCAAAGAUAGAGGGAACAGGCCUACCAGGGAAGUUCAAGGCAUGGCUUUUCCAGCAUGGCCUCCUGCCCCGUCUCCUGUGGCCACUAAUGUUGUAUGAGAUCCCAACAUCGACGGUUGAUAGCUUGGAAAGCAUGAUAAACAAGAGCCUGAGACGAUGGUUCGGACUUCCAUCAUGUAUGACAAGUAUUGGACUCUACAACAGAACCGGAAUGUUGCAGCUCCCUCUUUCAUCAAUUGUAGAGGAGUACAAAGUUAGUAAGGCAAGGCUCGUGUUGACCCUACGAGACUCUAGUGACAUGAGCAUUAGAAAUGCAGGGAUAGAGGUCAGAACUGGAAGAAGAUGGUCAGCAUCGAAUGCAGUUGAGCAGGCAGAGAGUCGACUGAGACAUCAAGACAUUGUGGGAACAAGUUGUCAAGGUAGACAGGGACUCGGCUUGAACACUAGACAACCGUGGAGUUCAGCCACAACAGUCCAAAGAAGAGAACUUGUUCAGAGCGAAAUCCGAAAGGAAGAAGAAGAGAUAAGAAAGGUGAAAGCAGUCCAGAUGGGGAGCCAGGGAAGCUGGACAAAGUGGCAGACAACAGGGAGGAAACUGUCAUGGACAAAUAUCUGGAAGUACCAGUUUUUUCAACUGCAGUUCCUGAUCCGGGCAGUUUAUGAUGUCUUGCCAACACCGGCGAAUCUCCAGAGAUGGGGGCUGAUAGAAACAGCAGAAUGCACCCUAUGUGGAGGAAGAGCUACCCUGGAUCACAUCUUGUCCUCGUGUAAGGAAGCACUUGCCCAGGGGAGAUACCGCUGGAGACAUGACCAGGUACUCCGAGAGGUAGCGGAUACACUUGAGAGACACAAGAAGAAGGCACGAGUACAUGCAGGGGCAAAGCACAGCAACUUUGUACCAGCAGGGACAGUAAUGAAGGGUACAAAGGGAGGACAUCCGAGUAUCCUAGACGGCACAAAUGACUGGGAACUACGGGCAGAUCUUAUGAAACAGCUGCAGUUUCCAGACAUUGUCCACACUACCCUACGCCCAGACAUUGUGAUGGUCUCCGGAAAGACAAAGAAGAUCAUCCUGGUAGAGCUGACUGUCCCGUGGGAAGAAAGAUGUACUCAGGCACAUGAGAGAAAGAAGGCCAAGUACGAAGAUCUCGUCCAGGAAUGUAGAGAGGCCGGGUGGAGAGCAUGGAACUACCCGAUUGAAGUGGGAUGCAGAGGGUUUCCUGCACCAUCGCUGGGAAAGAUGUUCCAGGAUAUGGGAAUAGAGGGACAGGCGAGAAAGCUGGCCAUUAAGAAGGUAUCACAGGCAGCAGAAAGAAGCUCCAGCUGGCUGUGGCUAAGGAGGAACGCCAGUAGCUGGAAGCCUUCCACUAAUGGGUAG